AUGUCUGUCACCACCGUCGACCAGCACUCGACCCAGCCUUCCGCGAAUGGCGACCAGGGGUUUCUGCGCCUCAAGCCAUACGUACAUCCUCCUGACACCAAGGCUGAACUGGCAUGGGCUGAACUGGUGACACUCGACCUGGAAGAAUUCGAUAAACCAGGGGGCAAGGAGCGAUUGGCCAAGCAACUCGAACACGCCGUCCACCAUGUCGGCUUCUUCUAUGUCAAGAACUUCGGCCUCAGUCAGGAGAAAAUCGAUCAGCAGUUUACACUUGCAAAAAACUUCUUCGAACUUCCGGUCGAGGAGAAGGAAAAGUAUGAAGCCAACUACGCCGAGGGUGAGAACAACGGCUGGCGGAGGUCGCGCCCUGACAACCACCGACCUCGAUCGAUUGACAACGUCGAGAUCUUCAACUUUCCUAAAUUCACCAAGGAUUUCGAAGGCAAGUAUGCCUAUCCGGACCUCCUGAAGCCUUACCUUCCGGAGGUCGAGGUCUUCGCACGUGCUCUACAUGGCAACGUGGUGCUCCCUCUUCUCCGCUUGUUUGCCAUCAUCCUCCAGCUGCCGGACGAAGACUAUCUGGUCAAGCAGCAUACCUACGAAAAGAAGAGCGAAGAUCAUUUCCGGUACAUGAUAUAUCACCCGAGGACCGUUGAGCAGUGGGCCGCCGUUGAUAACGGCCAAGGCGGUGGACAUACUGAUCUUGGUACUGUCACCCUCCUAUUCCGACAACCCGUUGCUGGCCUGCAGAUCUUGGGAGAUGACGGCAACUGGACUUGGGUCUCGGCCCAGCCAGGAACCAUCACCGUGAAUAUCGCCGACACGCUGUCGCACCUCAGUGGAGGAUGGCUCAAGAGUUCCGUUCAUCGGGUUGUCGCGCCACCAGAAGACCAGCUCACGUUCAACCGUACCGGAUUACUGUAUUUUGCUCGUCCACACAACGAUACGAUCCUAGAGCCCAUUCCGGACUCGCCAGUUCUGCAGGCUGCUGGAGUCAAAUCCAGGUUCAACAGAAAGGUCACCAUGGAAGAGUGGGUCAAGGCAAAGUCCUUGGUGCAGCUCAAUCCGAAGGACGCAGAGAAACGGUACACCGAGAACGGGAAGAUAGAAGUCCUGGCGGGAUUCCAAGACCAGAAAUAUAAGAAAUAG